AUGUUGCCCGCGGGCCUCGAGUGUCCCCGCAUGCUUCCUCGGCAGCCUCUGCUGCGUCUGCUGCUCCUGCUGCUGCUGCUGCUGCUGCCACAGCCGGUAACCCGUGCCCAGACCACGCCAGCCACCCCCAGCGCCCCGACAGCGCUGGGCACCCCCAGCGCCCUUCCCACAUCCGGCACCCCCAGUGCCACGACUAGGCCGGAAGCCCCUAGCGACUCUAUUGCGCCAGGCACAUCUAGUGCCCCCAUCUCACCUGGAACCCCCAGCGCCCAGAAUCUGCAGAAGCUUGCUCGGUCCCUGAUGCAGGACUUCCCACUCGUGGACGGCCACAACGACAUGCCUCUGGUCCUGAGACUGUUUUACUACAACCGGCUACAGGAUGUUAACCUGCACAACUUCAGUCAUGGCCAGACCAACCUGGACAGGCUUAGAGACGGUCUCGUGGGUGCACAGUUCUGGUCAGCCUACGUCCCAUGCCAGACCCAGGAACGGGAUGCCCUGCGCCUCACCCUGGAGCAAAUUGACCUCAUCCACCGUAUGUGUACCUCCUAUUCUGAGCUGGAGCUUGUGACCUCGGUUAAAGCUCUGAACAGUACCCGGAAGUUGGCCUGCCUCAUUGGUGUGGAGGGCGGCCACUCACUGGACAGUAGCCUCUCCGUCUUGCGUACCUUCUAUAUGCUGGGUGUGCGCUACUUGACACUCACCCACACCUGCAACACACCCUGGGCAGAGAGCUCAGCUAAGGGCAUCCACCCUUUCUACAACAAUGUCAGCGGGCUGACCAGCUUUGGUGAGAAAGUGGUGAUGGAAAUGAACCGCCUGGGCAUGAUGGUAGACUUGUCCCAUGUCUCAGAUGCUGUGGCACGACGGGCCCUGGAAGUGUCACAAGCACCUGUGAUCUUCUCCCACUCAGCUGCCCGGGGUGUGUGCAAUAAUGAACGGAAUGUUCCUGAUGAUAUCCUGCAGCUUCUGAAGAAGAAUGGUGGCAUCGUGAUGGUGUCCUUGUCCAUGGGGGUGCUGCAGUGCAACCUGCUAGCCAAUGUGUCCACUGUGGCAGAUCACUUUGACCACAUCAGGGCAGUCAUUGGAUCCAGCUUUAUCGGCAUUGGUGGAGAUUAUGAUGGGACCAACCGUUUCCCUCAGGGGCUGGAAGAUGUAUCCACAUACCCAGUACUGAUAGAGGAGUUGCUGAGUCGUGGCUGGAAUGAGGAAGAGCUCCAGGGUGUCCUUCGAGGAAACCUGUUGCGAGUCUUCAGACAGGUGGAACAGGUACGGGAGGAAAACAAGGGGCAAAGGCCCUUAGAGGAUGAGUUCCCGGAGGAGCAGCUGCACAGCUCUUGCCGCUCCUUCCUCCCUCGGCUGCAUCAUACAGAGUAUCUCGCUCCAGACCAGAAACGAACCGAGGCUCCUAUGCAUUGGACAACCAAGUUGUCACUUAAGAAGUCAUUCUCAAAAUCAUCCCCCCCCAUGGCCCCAAGCCUCGCAAUUAUUUCUGCCUUCCCAGUCGUCCUCCUGUGGCUCUGGUGA